CAUGUUGGCCAGGCUGAUCUUGAACUCCUGACCUCGUGAUCUGCCCGCCUCGGCCUCCCAAAGUGGUGAGAUUACAGGCAUGAGCCACCACGCCUGGCUUGGUUAGUUUUUAAAAUGUGGAAUGACAUGAUGGCAUACCAUUGGACCUGUCACCUGCAAGGUCAGUCAUGAAUAGUCUGCAAAUCUUCACAUUUAGUGGCCUGUUUUCAGUCUACUGAAAUUAGGAUUCUUCUCCUUGAGGACCAAUGCAUUUGACCAUCUUGUUCUCCUUGACACUCUCCUGCCUUUGAUCUUUUAUACCGUUCUCUCUUGAUUUUCCUACUGCCUCUCAAGUUACUGUUUGUCUCGCAUCUUCCCUCAGCCUUCUCAUUGUAGGGACAUCACAAAGCUAAGGGUCUUUUUGUUGUAGUAAUGGACCCUCAGGUUAAGGAUGAGAAGGUUUGUGUGUACUACAGCUGGAAAGGCGUUAGCAACCAAGCAAGCAGCUCUAGGGGCCAGCUACUUUGUCUCUCUCAUGCCCCACAUGGUAUGUCCCUUUCCUGGUCUUUCUGCUUCUAUGAUUCUUCCUUCUGGCUGGCUUAUUUGCUCACUUACGGUUUACAGACUGACUUAUGAAUGACGUCAAUUUACCAUCACCCUGAUUCUACCUCGUGACGUCUUUUCAGCUUCAACUAAUUGGCAUUUCUUUCCGUGCUUCUUUGCCUAGAGAGAGAAUCUGACUAGCACAACUGAUCACUUGUAGGUAGAUGACACUGGUUUGUGGUUGGCUCCUAUAUGGAUGGAUCGUUGGUGAGUCCAGUACCUACUCUGGAUCUGAUCAGUUUUUAUAUUGACUUAGAGUUGUGCCUAUGGCUUCCCCUUUGGCAGGGACUGUAAGCGGGGCAACUCCCUUUAGAGGGGGCUGUGGGAUGCCCAAAACAACAACACAACAAACACCCCCCCACACCCAAACAAACAAAAAAAGCAUCUUUUAUUGUUAAAGAGGAAAAAAGAAAUUUAAAAGAAAUAGAGGUGGCUGUGGGAGAACAGGCGUUGCAAAAUACAUCUCUGCUUUCCUUCUGUAUUCUGAGUUUCAAUAUUUCAUGACUUUCUAAUCUACACUCAUUUCUCUUCAGAGGUUUUGCUUUGCAUCUUCUAGCUAACUGUGUAGUUAACAUAUCCACCUGGAUGUCUCUCUGUCACCUCAAAAUUAGUGAGUUUAAAAAUGAGGCCGGGCACAGUGGCUUACGCCUGUAAUCCCAACACUUUAGGAAGCCAAGGUGUGCGAAUCACUUGAGGCCAGGAGUUCAAGACCAGCCUGGCAAACAAGCUGUCCAGACCAAAACGAAGAAGACGUUAGCCAAACCCAAUAUAAGGAACGUUGUGGUGGUGGAUGGUGUUCGCACUCCAUUUUUGCUGUCCGGCACUUCAUAUAAAGACCUGAUGCCACACGAUUUGGCUAGAGCAGCACUUACGGGUUUGUUGCAUCGGACCAGUGUCCCUAAGGAAGUAGUUGAUUAUAUCAUCUUUGGCACAGUUAUUCAGGAAGUGAAAACAAGCAAUGUGGCUAGAGAGGCUGCCCUUGGAGCUGGCUUCUCUGACAAGACUCCUGCUCACACUGUCACCAUGGCUUGUAUCUCUGCCAACCAAGCCAUGACCACAGGCGUUGGCUUGAUUGCUUCUGGCCAGUGUGAUGUGAUCGUGGCAGGUGGUGUUGAGUUGAUGUCCGAUAUCCCUAUUCGUCACUCAAGGAAAAUGAGAAAACUGAUGCUUGAUCUCAAUAAGGCCAAAUCUAUGGGCCAGCGACUGUCUUUAAUCUCUAAAUUCCGAUUGAAUUUCCUAGCACCUGAGCUUCCUGCAGUUGCUGAGUUCUCCACCAGUGAGACCAUGGGCCACUCUGCAGACCGACUGGCUGCCGCCUUUGCUGUUUCUCGGCUGGAACAGGAUGAAUACGCACUGCGCUCUCACAGUCUGGCCAAGAAGGCACAGGAUGAGGGACUCCUUUCUGAUGUCGUACCCUUCAGAGUACCAGGAAAAGAUACAGUUACCAAAGAUAAUGGCAUUCGUCCUUCCUCACUGGAGCAGAUGGCCAAACUAAAACCUGCAUUCAUCAAGCCCUACGGCACAGUGACAGCUGCAAAUUCUUCUUUCUUGACUGAUGGCGCAUCUGCAAUGUUGAUUAUGGCAGAGGAAAAGGCUUUGGCCAUGGGUUAUAAGCCGAAGGCAUAUUUGAGGGAUUUUAUGUAUGUGUCUCAGGAUCCAAAAGAUCAACUGUUACUGGGGCCAACAUAUGCUACUCCAAAAGUUCUAGAAAAGGCAGGAUUAACCAUGAAUGAUAUUGAUGCUUUUGAAUUUCAUGAAGCUUUCUCGGGUCAGAUUUUGGCAAAUUUUAAAGCUAUGGAUUCUGAUUGGUUUGCAGAAAACUACAUGGGUAGAAAAACCAAGGUUGGAUUGCCUCCUUUGGAGAAGUUUAAUAACUGGGGUGGAUCUCUGUCCCUGGGACACCCAUUUGGAGCCACUGGCUGCAGGUUGGUCAUGGCAGCUGCCAACAGAUUACGGAAAGAAGGAGGCCAGUAUGGCUUAGUGGCUGCCUGCGCAGCUGGAGGGCAGGGCCAUGCUAUGAUAGUGGAAGCUUAUCCAAAAUAAUAGAUGCAGAAGAAGUGACCUGAAGUUUCUGUGCAACACUCACACUAGGCAAUGCCAUUUCAAUGCAUUACUAAAUGACACUUAUAGUUCCUAGCUCCUCUUAGGAAAACAAUUCUUGUGGCCUUCUGUUAAAUACUUUGCACUUAAGCUUUGCCAGUGUUCUGAGCUUUUCAAUAAUCAGUUUACUGCUCUUUCAGGGAUUUCUAAGCCACCAGAAUCUCACACACAGAUGUGUGGGGGGUUGUUUUUGGUCUCUGUUGUCACUAAAGACUAAAUGAGUAUUUGCAGUUGGGAAAGAGGUCAGCUGAGAUUUGGAAGUCAUCUUUGUAAUAUUUGCAAAUUAUACUUGUUCUUAUCUGUGUCCUAAAGAUAAGUGUUCUCUAUAAAAUACAAACCAAUGUGCCUAAUUGUGGAAAAAUAAUUCAGAAUCUAAACACCACUGAAAACUUAUAAAAAAUGUUUAGAUACAUAAAUAUGGUGGUCAACUUAAUAAAGUGGAGAAAUACUGGA